AUGGACGAUCCGGGCCCUUCCUCGGCGUACUAUGCCCGCUUCCCAUCGACCUCCACCGGUCCCACCCGGCCCCCUUCCCCCUCCUCCCCUCGACCCUCCACCUCCCCUCUCACCCCGGAAGAUGGGCUCUAUACCCUCCUCAACAUCCCCCGAUCUGCCAGUGAAGCCGAAAUACGGGAUAGCUACCGGCACCUAGCGACUACGUACCACCCAGAUCGACAGCGGGAUGAUACCCACCGCUCGACUGCCCAUCGGCAGUUCACCGAGAUCCAGCGCGCGUACGAGGUACUCACCGAUUCUACCCGGCGGACCAUAUAUGAUCUAUUUGGCGAAGAAGGGCUGAAGACGUCGUGGGAGGUCGGACCGCGGGUCAAGACUGCCCGAGAGCUCAGAGAACACUUUAGCCGGCAGUACCAUGACAAGAAGAUCAUGGAGGCCGAGGCGCUCGUCAAGCCCAAAGGGGACAUCUCGGUCGUUCUGGACGCCAGAGCGGUAUUCGCCAAUCGGAAUCUGUUCAGGACUCCAGAUGCGAUGCGGCACGAUCCGAUAGCGAGGGCGAGCAGGGUCCGGCCGGGGCAGAUCAUGAUGAAGCAUUCGUUUGAGAUGCCGGUGAGGGAAAGGACACAGGUGGUGGUCACGGGGCAGAUGGUCAGUCGGGGUGGAGGUGGAGGAGGGAAUGUGGUCGGGACAGUGAGGCAUCAGUUUGGGUCGAGAGUGUGGGGAGAGGCGGGGUGUAGCGUGUUGGCGCCGAGAGUGGUGACUACCAAGGGAACUUAUACGAUCGACGAGUACACCUAUCUCAGCAUCAAUACGAUGCAACAGACCUUUGCGGCCCCACCGACCUAUACCGCCCAGCUCGGACGGCGUAUAUACCCAAAUACAACCGGAUUCAUCAUCUACCGCUCCGGCUUCUGGACGCUCGGACCAUGGGGCAAAUCCAUGCCGUCCAACUCGAUCACCAAUGCUCUUCUUAACGAAACAUCAGCGAUGUCUGUCGGCGUAACCACCGCUCGGCCAAGUGGGUCGGGAUGGACCGUCGAGACGCAAGCAGGGGUGGUAGCGAACCAUAUCUCGGCAGACUACUCGUGGCGCUUCUGGGGGCUCAAGUGGAAAGUCGGCGGCGCGGUGGGGACUGAUACGGGAAUUAACGGGUUUGUGGAUGGGGAGGGGAAAGUGGGCGGGCAGUCUAGGGUGGGAUGUAUGGUCAGUCUGGCAUUGGGUGGAGGGGUGACGAUGCGGUGGCGGUUUUCUCGAAUGGGUCAAAGAAUAACACUCCCUAUCCUCCUCUCCCCAGAUCUCAAUCCCUACGUCGUCCUCGGAUCGACAGUCCUCCCUUUUACGAUAUACGCAGCAGCGUAUCACUUCCUCCUCCUCCCUCGCAAACGCCGGAGAAUAGCAGACCGGAUCAAAGACCUCCGCUCCGAACACGCCGACCACCUCGCCCAGAAACGCCAAGAAGCCCUCGAAGCCCAAGACCUCAUGGCUCGGCCCGUCGCCCAAAAGGUCGCUGUCGAGAGGGAGAAGGGAGGGCUUAUUAUCAUUUCGGCGCAGUAUGGGCUAGCGCCGGCGUUUACGGACCGGGGCGUGCGGGUGUCUCGGACUAGCGCCAAGCGAUCAGAAGGCGAGGGAGAUGGGAGGAUAGAGGAAGAAGUGGAAGAGGAGGUAGUUGUGGAUGUGACUCUGCCAGUUCAGGGGUUGGUGGUGGAUUCGAGAUUACAUAUUCCUGGUGGAAGGGGAAAGCAUAAUCUACUUGGAUUUUGGGAUCCAUGUAUCGGAGAAGCGAAGAAGCUGAGGGUGCGGUAUCUCUUCAGGGAUAGGAUGCACGAGGUGACGCUGGAUGACACGGCAGCUUUACGUGCUCCAGUGCAAGCCCAUGCCCUCUCAUCUUGA